CAAUUGUUUCUGUUCAAACAAAAACUGAGGUUCUGGUCCAAGGUUCUCAGAGCUUUCACAAUCUGAUUAGUUGAUAGUGUCCCUGUGCAGGAAAAGAGCUGACCAUAUCAAGACCCAACACACUUCCUGUCCAGGAGGAGAGCAGGGGGAGCUGCUGGGCGUGAGGGGGGGAAGCCAGCAGUCUGCCAGCAGAGCUACUGUGAAGGAGAAGCUGGAAGGAAGAAAUAAGAAAAGGUGUAAAAAGAAGGAAGACGAGGGAACAAAGAAGAAAUGACAAUUAUUGAGACUGGAGGAUAAAACAAGGAGGAUUGGAGGAAGAAUCAGCCGCUGUUGAGAGAAGACAAUAACCUGAGAAGAAUCGGGACAGGAAGUUGGAGAGGGUCAGGGAAGGAAACCACUGAAUCAAAAGCUGGACGAGUAACAAACGUGAGAUCGUCACCAGUUGGGGUGGAGCUUGAGGAAAUGGAGUUUUGGCCCUGCUGCUGGUGCAGGUUCCUUUGGAUGGUUGUCUUCCUGCUAAAAAAUGUCUCAGCCAACUCGUCCUCGCACACUAAAUACACGCUCAGCCAAAGGGAAGCUAGAUUUGAUCAGGCAGUUACAGCCUGCCUUCCUGGGACUUUGCCCAGCGUGGCCACCGAACACGAGUACCAGGAAAUCUCUCAGUUACUCAGCAAGUCCAAGUUGUAUCAGGCAAACAUUACCGUGUGGAUUGGGCUAAGGAAGCCAAAAUCUGAAUGUGUUGUUCCUUCACUGCCCCUGAGAGGAUUCAAGUGGGUAGAGAAUGGGAGCCAGGAGGCGAGCGUAAUCAACUGGCUGGAGGAGCCGGCACUCACCUGUACGGAAGACCUGUGCGGGGCCCUGAAGCGACAGGUUGUCCAGUCAAAAGUUCAUUUGGUUUUAAUCCCUGACAGCUGUAAAACGCCUUACCGGUUCAUCUGCAAAGUGAGACAUGCAGGAACGUCGCAUUCAGGAACAUCACAUGCAGGAACGUCAGUGAAAAGCAGCCAGACCACCAUCAGACCUGUUUCAGUAAAGCCCCAAAAGGUAGCAGCCACAGCCAAGACAACACCGACAACAUUAAUACCCCACCCGACGACACCCCACCUUCACCUCCCAGCCGGGCCAGAAUCUUGUGAGCAUUCCAAAAAUCCCAAGCAUCCGAGCAUCCGCUCCCUGACUCCUGAUUCCAGCAACGACAGCCGAGUCCUGGUGGAGUGUUGGUCCGAAGUGAAGAUAGAACUGGUUUGCUCAGGGACUCCUGCCGUCUGGCGACUGUUGGAUGGCUCCCUGGCUGAUUUCAGCAGCAUCUGCCUGCAUUGUGACACUGGCUUUCAGAAAAACGACUCAGGUCUCUGUGUUGACGUAGAUGAGUGUAGCACUGGGAAGCCCUGCCCACACACCUGCCAGAACACCGAGGGUUCCUACAGGUGUGUCUGCGGUGAUGAUCCGGACUCUUCAUGCGAGGAAACCGGUGGCAAGAGCUCAAUGUUACACAUCCUCAUCCCCGUGGUGGCCGUUGUUGUUGUGCUGCUGGUAAUACUGGCAAUCAUUGUGGUGGUGACAUGCUGCUUAAAGAGGCGGAAGAAGACCAAACCAUAAUCUUACUCUCUAUGAAACUCUAUGUAGGGUGUGAGGGAAUGGAGUGUUUUAUUAUAUAUUUCUGAGCUGACACUGAAAUGCUUUGAGCAGCAACAAUAAGAGUGGCCCUAAAAUCCAUCUUUAAUCAUAAGUCAUGUGAUUUUAAUGCAUUAAAUAAAGACUUGCUUUUAAAGCCUUU